AUUUUUAUAGAAUGUUUUUUUCCCCGAAAUCUUUAAAUAAUUAAAAUACGAUCGAGUUUUAGUCGUCGCUAUUUGCAAUUUGGCGCCGUAAUAAACAAUGACGUGAACGUAGACGAAAUUCAAAAGGGUGACACCAGCGGGUGACAGUCAACUUGCUCCAUCAAUGUGGCGCCGGCGGCGAUUGAAUGAUAAAUUGGAUGUGUCCGUGAGCGGAGAUUUUGGCAUAGAGCACGAGUUAGAACGAUCGUUUUUCUGAAUAGAAAGAGAGAGCGAAUUCGAGUACGAUUACCUGAAAAGUUCGCGCACGUUGACGCUCUCAGAGAACUUCGUUAAUCUAUUUGAAUGACGAUGACAGUGUGCUGACCGUCUCAUCGAUACGGGAGCUAUGGCGAACAUUGCGGCACAGAGAAUCAAACGCGAAUUUAAAGAGGUUAUAAAAAGCGAAGAGGUUGCAAAAUGUGCGAUAAAGGUUGAAUUAGUAAAUGAUAGUUAUACUGAAUUAAAAGGUGAGAUCGCGGGUCCACCAGACACACCAUAUGAAGGAGGUAAUUUUGUACUCGAGAUAAAAGUUCCCGAGACAUAUCCCUUCAAUCCUCCUAAAGUACGAUUUAUAACAAAAAUAUGGCAUCCUAAUAUAUCUUCAGUAACAGGUGCUAUUUGUUUGGAUAUAUUGAAGGAUCAAUGGGCUGCUGCCAUGACAUUACGUACAGUAUUGUUGUCAUUGCAAGCUUUAUUAGCUGCAGCUGAACCAGAUGAUCCACAAGAUGCAGUAGUAGCUAAACAGUAUAAGGAACAUCCAGAAAUGUUUCGUCAAACUGCCAAGCAUUGGACAUUUGUGUAUGCAGGUGGAAUGCUUAUAGGACCAGCAAAGAUGCCUGAUUUAGAUGACAAAAUAAGGCGGCUAACAGAUAUGGGAAUUGAGGAACACAAUGCAAGAGUUGCUUUAUCAUCUUAUAAUUGGGAUUUGGAACGUGCCACUGAGCAGCUCUUCAGUUAGUGAUAACUGUAUAGUUAAUCUGUCAUAUAAAAGCACUGCUCAUUUUGUCAUUACAAAAACUUCUGUAAUACCACACUCAAGUAUUGAUACCAUAGCAGUUUCAUAAUCAAAUUCAGCACUUGUAACGACAAUAUUUCAGUGGUAAAAAACAUUCACAAGAAAUUGGUUUAAUAUUCUUGAAAUAAUAGUCAUUUAUUUAACUUGUAAGAUAGGCAUGGAGAACAGUAACUAAUAAAAUCUGUUAAGUCCAACUUGA